GAUAACCGUUUGCGUUCCCCGUGUUUACUUCGCGAUCCCCAUUAGCGAUCGCAAAUGUGAGACGGAAACCGCGAAAGUCGUUAAAGGAAAAGAAGAACAAUAAUUUUCGAAAAUACUCGAAGGACGACGCGAUCUCCGCGUUAUCGCUAAUCUCGAAACCGGUACGACUAUUAGGAACGAUUUAAACUGAUAAGUUUUAUUUAUCUGGUUUCGUAAAUUUCGGUAAACCGCGUUUAGUAUCGAACGUAAAUCGCCUUACGGCCCGUCGGUUUGACCUAGAGACUUCGGGGAUUCUAAAAACGGAACCGCAAACAAAAAUACGUCCAAAUGUUUGUCCCCCGACAAUCAGUAUUCCGUUUUUAUCUGUAGGUCGUAUAUUAUUAAAUCCGAAUCGAUUCCGAAGUUAAACAAAUUAAGGUUGUUGUUGUUGUUGUCGUCGUAUUAUAUCCGCGAUGUUCGUGUUUUGGGCCAUCGUCGCGUUUCUGGUUUUGUUGUUAUUGUACGGUUGUAUGCAGGACAAAAUUAAAACGCGCGAAAGGUACCUGGAGUACGAGGCAAUCGAUGGGUAUAUAGUCGUAGCGCAACAACAUGGCCAGCACAUAUUCAACAUCAGCGGCCGAGUGCCAGAGCAACACCAUUGCACUCCAGACGCGUACCUGACAGUCGAACAUAUAAACGUAACAAACCAGAUGAACAAACCGAGUUGCUACAAUGAUGAACCGCCAUCGUACGAAGACGCAAUAAAAAUGGUUCAGGGUGGUACCGCGCAUGCUCCGGCCACGCAGCAGCCUCACAGCGCAGCUGCGAUUCCAGCGGUACACAGGCUGAGCGUCUGAGACGAUCCUCGUAGCUAGAGGAGCACUGCAGUACGCUCACCCAACGUUUCAGGGCGUGUGGUUAAUUAUUCCAAAAUUUGUACCAGGAAGACGUUCGUCCAGAUUACUCAGCGCCGUAUUUAUUUAAUUUUGUACAUAAAUAAACGAAAAUGUGAUUGUGAUAAGUUUAAGACUUGUGAUAAGUGCUAAGUAAAAUUAAGUGCCUAUAUGUAGAGGUCCGACCAAGAUGUGUGUACAUAAUGUGUAUGUGUUAUGUAAUGUCGAACGCGAUUUGGGAUGUCAUUGUCCUUUCCAGGAUCGAAUAAAAAUCUCAGUUGUAGAUAAUAAAAGUAU